AAACUUGACCCCCUGAAGUGGGAUAGGAGGGGAGCGUUUCUUUCUGCUUUCCCUUUCGCCAAGAGAUUGAGGGAUUCGCACAGAGCCCGUGGUUCUGUUCGCGGGUGAGCGUUCGCGACUGCAGUCCCGCGUCUCCACGGGGGCCAGAGGGAGUUCAGAGGAAACCCCGGGAAAAACAGGGGGAACGAGAAAAACCUCAAAAAACAAACAAACCAAAAAAAAAAAAAAAACCUCGUAAAAGAAGAAGAAGAAUAAGAAGAAGAAGGAGCGUUAGGGAGGGACGGUUUGACCCGCGCGCGAGCGAGCAUCUUUCCCCGGGCGACGGUGUCAUGGCCGAGCAGGAGGGCAGUGAGUGAGAGGGCCGGGGAGAGGCGCGCCUUGGUGCAGGUGAGGGGUUACCUGAGCGAGCGACGGGACUGCGGAGCGCAUCAUGAGGCCGGCGGUGCUGGCGCUGAGCGUGCUCCUGGCGGGCGUAGCGGCGGCGGUGGUGGCGGCGGGCGGGGGUGGCGGUGGCGGCGGCGGGGGGCAGAGGAGGGGCGGAGAGGGGAGGAAGAGGCUCCACCGCGUCCAGCACGGCCACUGCAGCUACACCUUCAUCCUGCCCGAGCUGGAGGCCUGCAGGGGUCCCGAUCGCUACGGCAACAUCAACGCCGCCCAGCGGGACGCGCCGCCGGCGGAGAGCGGCGACGGCUCCGCCCACAAGCUGCAGCUCCUGGAGACGGCCAUGGAGAACAACACGCAGUGGCUGCAGAAGCUGGAAAACUACAUCCAGGAGAACAUAAAGACAGAGAUGGUGCAGAUCCAGGCCCAUGCCGUGCACAACCAGACGGCCACCAUGCUGGAGAUAGGAACCAGCCUGCUGACGCAGACCGCCGAACAGACGCGGAAGCUUAACGUGGUGGAGACCCAGGUUAUGAACCAGACCUCGAGAAUCGAGAUCCAACUUUUGGAGAACUCGUUAUCGACAAACAAAUUGGAGAAGGAGCUCCUGAUGCAGGUCACUGAAAUUUCCAAACUACAAGACAAAAACAGUCGCCUGGAGAAGAAGGUUCUGGUCUUGGAGUCUCGGCAGCAGACAGAGCUGGAGGACCUGCGGGAGGAGAAGGAGAGGCUGCAGGAGCUGGUGGUACUGCAGUCCGCCUCCAUCGAUUCCCUCCAGAAACAGCUGCACACAGCGAGCGCCAACAACUCCAUCCUGCAGCGCCAGCAACAGCAGCUCGCCGAGUCCGUGCACACACUCCUCAACCUGCUGUCUGUGAGCUCAGUGCCGUUGCCGAGGGAACAGAAGUUUCGGGACUGUGCGGAUGCUUUUAAAGCAGGAAAUAACAUCAGUGGCGUGUACUACCUACACAUCGGCAACAUGACAGAGCCCACAAAGGUAUUUUGUGACAUGGAAACGAGCGGAGGUGGAUGGACUGUGUUUCAGCGCAGAGUCAACGGAAGUGUGGAUUUCCAGAGGACUUGGGGAGAGUACAAACAGGGGUUCGGAGAUGUGGCGGGAGAGCACUGGCUGGGCAAUGAGGUGGUGUUCCACAUGACCAGCCAAUCCCAGUACAGCCUGAGGGUGGAGCUAAGGGACUGGGAGGGAAACGCCCCUUACUCCCAGUAUGACAAAUUUCAGCUGGGCAGCGAGAAGCAGCACUACAGGCUGUUCCUGAGGGGCUACAGUGGUACUGCAGGGCACCAGAGCAGCCUGACCUCCCAAGGCACUGGCUUCAGCACCCGGGACUCAGACAAUGACAACUGCCUGUGCAAGUGCGCCCUCAUGCUGACUGGAGGCUGGUGGUUCGACGCGUGCGGCCUUUCCAAUCUCAACGGCAUGUACUACACGGUGGGCCAUAACAUCCGGAAGCUGAACGGCAUCAAGUGGCACCACUUCCGGGGUCCGAGUUACUCCCUGCGCUCCACCGCCAUGAUGAUCCGGCCGUCCGACUUCUGACCUCGCCCCGCCCCGAAGGACGGUCUCACACAUGAAAUAUAGAGAUCCACACUCUAAAGAAACAAGCAAACACCUGAGGGGCCAAGCCCACACCUGUAAUACUCUGAGAUACUCUGCCUGUGGGACAAACUCACACCUGUAAUACUGUGAGAGCCACAGCUUGUGGGACAAACUCACACCUGUAAUACUGUGAGAACCACAGCUUGUGGGACAAACUCACACCUGUAAUACUGUGAGAGCCACAGCUUGUGGGACAAACUCACACCUGUAAUACUGUGAGAGCCACAGCUUGUGGGACAAACUCACACCUGUAAUACUGUGAGAGCCACAGCCUGAGGGACAAACUCACACCUGUAAUACUGUAACAGCCACGCCCUGAGGGACAAACUCACACCUGUAAUACUGUAACAGCCACGCCCUGAGGGACAAACUCACGCCCUGAGGGACAAACUCACACCUGUAAUGUUCUGAGCAGCACGGCCUGAACGCGUGUUUGAUUCAGUCGUUCAGUCAGUGUAUAGGUGGAUCUGACUCAACGAAAGUCUCUCUUGCUGAGGCAGCACCAGCAAAGUCUGUGCCUUGGCUGUUUUUCAUUUUCCGUUCUCUGUGAUGCAUUCUGGGCCUUCUGGUACACACGCCUAUGUCUACAGCGCCGAAGAGAACAGAGGCAUAACAUUUUACUCUGCCGGCCUUCACAACUUCAACGGCUGUCAGUUGUGACAUCAGUGAGCCCAGAGGACUAUCGUCUGUAUGACCAAUGGGGAGACCGCUUCACGCUUUCAAUGUAAUUUGUACAGAACUUUAUUAUUUCUGUAAUAAUUUUGUAAGCUUUUUUUAUUACUAGUAAUGAAGGUAUUUUUUAUUUUUUCCCAAAGUAAACUCUUGUAAUGUUCAGCAGCCUUUUUUAACUUGCACCCACAGGUUUAAUGCAUGUGUGUGUUUUACUAACAGUGCUUGGUGCUACUUUCAUUUUGGAAUAUUUAUGUCGCUGUGUUAUCCUGUUAUUGUUAUUCCUGUUAUGUCUCAGACCCCCUUUAAACCUGACAUUAAUAUGCGUCUGAUAUCCAGAUUGUAUCUAGAUAUGAUUUAGCCAGAAGACAUUUACACCUGACAUUAAUAUGCGUCUGAUAUCCAGAUUGUAUCUAGAUAUGAUUUAGCCAGAAUACAUUUACACCUGACAUUAAUAUGUGUCUGAUAUCCAGAUUGUAUCUAGAUAUGAUUUAGCCAGAAGACAUUUACACCUGACAUUAAUAUGCAUCUGAUAUCCAGAUUGUAUUGAGAUAUGAUUUAGCCAGAACACAUUUACACCUGACAUUAAUAUGAGUCCACUGUCAGGUGGGCGAGAGCCUGGACAGGCUGCUAAUCUAUCACAGGGCUCACACACUCAUACUUAUGGGUAAUUUAGAGUCACCAAUUAGCCUACCUGCAUGUCUUUGGACUGUGGGAGGAAACCAAAGUACCCAGAGGCAACCCACAUGGACACGAGGAGAACAAGCAAACCCCACACAGACAGACCCCAAGGCGAAACUCGAACCCACGACCUUCUUGCUCUGAGGCAACGGCGCUACCCCGCUGCACCACUGUGCCGCCCUCCAUGAAGUUGUGCAAACGAAUAUUUCCCAGCUGCAUGUGGGUUGCAAACGCAUUUGGAUUUACGCUCAUGUUCAGUGUGGCCAUAGUGCGUCCCUACCACCUCCGGAUCACACGUCAUCUUGGGUACAUUUACACCUCCAUUUUUAUGUGGUCAGGCGCUAUUCGAUUACAGUCCACUCACCUGAGACACGUGUUCAUGCUAGGUGUAAAGGGGGCCUUAUAGUUCUUACACCACCUUACUUAAACUAUAACCUGCAAUGCCUUAUGAGUGCCUUAUGAGAUUCAGCAUAUUGUAAAAUUCAUCAGAUAUAAAUCAAAAGAUAAAUAAAAAAAGAUAAGUCAAUAAACAUCUAAGACCUAUAAAGGAACUUUACUAUGAAGCAGUUUUCUUAUUUUUUUAAUUUUUUAUUUCUGUGGCACAUUUCAGUCCCGAGAAUCUCUAAUGUAGUCUGAUUUUUACAGUAAUCAUGUAGCCUAGUGUUUGGUUGUAUAUUUAGACUGUGUUUAGGGCACAGUGCGUUCUAUAUUAUGUUGUUGUUGUCACUGUUGAGUUUUUAUAUUUUUGUUUUUAAGCCUGGUGUGACUUAACUCUUGAUUUUUGUUAAAUGCAUUAUAACUGGAUCGUGUUUUCUGUGUGCUCGUGUUGUCUCAUUUUCAAAUUGUACCUUUAAUUGUUGAACUGUUUCAGUGAACAGGCAUUUAUAUCCCAUGUUAACAGUUACGCAGUCAUGGAUUGUGAUAAAUGUAUGAGAAUGUUCUGUUUGUUAGAGGAAGUCCAUAGUCUUACUAUGGGGGCUGCUGAGGUUGGGUUGCUUUUUGAAAAGAUGCACUUUAUGAGAUUGAAAGAUGAGAAAUGAACAGCACAUAAAUGGAUUAUGGCUCAAGAGGUAUUGAUGGUAAACAAAAGAACAGAAUAGUUUUGCCUCAUCUUUCCUCCCUUUGUAGUGCUUUUAUAUUCCGUCCUAAAAUAAAUGAAUACCGCCCUA